GAGUCGACAAUCGAGACUGUACAGGGCUUGUCUGGAACAGGGAGUGAAUAGAAUGGACUGAUGCAGGAAAAAUAUACGUUGUAGUAAUGUUUUUUUUUAAACACAGUUUGAAUAAUUGACUGCUUUGUAACACUACAGUACGCGUCGCUGUUGCACAUUUUUGUCUCAAUUGCAUUCAUGUAUCUUUGGAAAGAAGUGGUGCAGCGAAGUGAAAACGAAGAAAAUCAAGUAAGGAUCGUCCGUGUGUUCUCAAGACUGGAGAAUAGCACGGGCAGUGCAGCUAAACUUCUGGUUUUUCAGCCACACUGUUACCAAAACACAGAAAUGAAGUAGUAAAACCAUGUUUUAGGUAAAACAAACAAGUUCAGAAGAAUUAACAGGAAACUUCCGAUCUCAUCACAUUUCACCUGAAAGUGCUCAUGCCUGCUUGCUCAUCCAAUCACCGUUUUAUUUUGUUUUUCUCCAGCAAUGCCUCGUUCUACCAAAUCGGCUAAGCAAGCCGCCACAAAUAGAGUUCAGUUAGGCAAGGCAAAAAAACGAGAUGCUAAAACAGUUAAGAGACAGACUUUUAACUCUAAUAAGGCUAGGGGGAAAGCAGUGCUUAAAAAGGUUGAAGACACAGGGAGAGCUAAAAACCUAAAGCAGAAUCCAAACCCUCGGGUAAAGAAGCUGAGAAGCACUGAAGUCAGUAAAUCCGUCAGUGGUGCUUCCCAGCGACUGCAGGGCGGCAUUCAAAACACCUCCUUGGGAAUAGGAUCAGCAAGAAGAAGACGUUUGGAUAAUUCCCUGAAGCAGCAUCAUGUCUCUGGCCAUAGAAUGGCUCUUCGGGGCAAACCUCUCUUCCAAAGCCUUCCCCAAGCUCCCAUGACAAACAGAAAACAGAGAAAAUCUAGGUGCAGUCUGCCAGCAAGACGUAGUAAAUGUGAGGCCAGCGAAACCGCUCCGGAGGCAGACUCUGUACAGAGAGAGACGGCUGAACUAGUUACAGAUGAUAACCUGGCAAAGCAUGAAGCAGCCUUGUGUCCCGAGGAAAGCCCUGUCACUAGUGGUAAGGGGGACGCUGAUAUGGAAAGCAUUCAUACAGCGGAACAGCUGCCUGCAGUGGAAAAUGCUGCCGUCACAAACUCCCUAGAAAUUGAAGCUUGUCCCAAGGCAGAUUCUGAGCAGGAAAAAUCCAGACGUGCAGGGUUAGGUUCAGGAUCCGAAUCUGGCCUCUCAAGCCUGGCUUCAACUUUGAUUUUAAAUGCCUGUGCUGCUGAAACACACCAAAUGGAAUUGCAAGACGUGAGCCCAGACCUUUCUCAAUCAAACACCACUCUGAAAUAUUCUGAGUCCUUUACUGGGAAUUCAGUGUCACAAGAAGAGUCAGACAGAGAGGAUCCUAUUUUGGAUGCUGAACCUAACUUGACCUCGGCAUUAGUGAGCCCAAAGUCCCCAAAAAGUUCUUCAGCUGCGUUUGAAGAGCCAGAGAAGUGUAGAGAGAGUUUAAAUCCCUCUAAUCCAAACCCAGAGUCCAAAUCACUUGCAGUAGAUUUUUCUGAGAGAGUGCUUGGACUUGGAGAGAUUUUAAAGUCCAAAGAAGAUUGCACCAUCCCCGAGACAUGGAUAGGUUUGAACUUGGAUUCAGAAAGCCCAGCUUUACAUUACAAUAUAAAUAAUAGGAAUUCCGAUGUUUCCAGUUCAAUAACUGGGCUAGAAUCAGGAGCCCAAACUGACGGCACUAUAGAAACCAAAUCAAUCUCCGGUUCAGAGAGCACCACAUACGUGUGCAAGGAGGAACAAGGAUCUCGCAGCAUGGAUUUGAACACAUCAGGAGUUUUGCUUCUGUCUCCUCAAGCUGGUUCAUCUGACCAAGACGGUGGUCAGCUCACUCCUUCUUCUCUUACUGCUGGGAAGAAGAAACGACGCCGCUGUGGUACCUGCGAGCCCUGCCUUCGGAAAGUGAACUGCGGGGAGUGCAGCUGCUGCAGGAACCGCAAAACCGGCCACCAGAUCUGCAAGAUGAGAAAAUGCAACGAGCUGAAGAAGAAACCGCUGCUUUCAUCCCAUGAGGGGGUGUGCAAGGAUAUAGCCAAACCACAAAGAAAAAAAAGAGUUUCCAAGGUUGAUCCAGAAGGAAGAUCAGUAAAUGGCACAAAACCAAGCCAGAUGGAAGAAGGCCUUUUCAUCCCAGCAGAGGAAUGCGGCUCACAGCUUAACCCCAUCCCACCCAUGGUGAGCGAAUCAAGAGAGGAAGAAAGCGGAAAUGUUUUGGAAAAAAAACGAUGUGACGUGAAUGAGGAUCAGACCCUCAGCCAUAUUAACGGGAGCUUCCAAGCAACAAAGGACACGCAUGAAAACUUGGAGCACAACGGAGGAGAAAAGCCCAUUUGUUGUAGCUUCUCACCUGAGCCUCUAGAAUUGUCUGCACAAUCCUCCAGAAAUGGAACUAAAUGGAAAGGCGAUGCUUUAACAGAAUCUACUGUGCCCUUUAAAAAAAUCAAGGUAGAAGACCCUCGGUAUGGGAUUAAGAAUAGAAACGAAAACAGAGUAAACACUCUGGCACAAUUAGCAAACCUUAGCGAUAAUAACAAUGCCUUGAGCACUUUGGCAGCGGUUGUUUGCUCUGAAGAGCAGGACUGCAGUCCCGCAGCACAGACAAACAUUACUGGUGACUGCGAUGGUCUUUACAGCCUGAACUGCACUGUUUUGCACACUGAAACUUGUGAAAAUAAGGUGGACAACUCAAGAUUUUCAGUCAAUAGUGAAUCUGAAAAUGGUGCUUUAAGUCUACCGAAAGUAGACACCUCCUCUUUCUGUGACUCUUUUGUACUUUCUCAGCCAGGUCUCUUAUCAUUAGUGGAGAACAACAACAUCAGCUUUGAACAGGCGAUAGCAAUCGAAGCUCUUACACAGUUAGCAGACACUCCUCUGCAGUCUUUAUCACAAACAGAACAGAACACAGAGUCGCCUGCAAACCCCGAUUUAGAGUUUCACCAGCAAGAAAAUGAACAGAAGCAAAAACACCCCUCUUCAGACCAUAACUACCUUAGCAGCCCAGUCCCGUAUCAGGAUUCAAGUAAGUCUUUCAGCGGCUGUUUAAAUAAACAAAACAUACAUACCACACCUAAUGCAUCAGUUAACAGGCUUUCUUUACUGGAUUUAUUUAAUGCCAGUUUGGCUGCUGAUACAUCUCCAGCAUGUGUAACCAGUGAAAACGUAUUUCAUUUCGCAAAAAGCAAUUGUGAAGACAUAUAUUCUCAGCCCCAAAAAGUACAAUUCAAGGAAACCCUUCAUUCAGAAAGUGAUUUGUUACUUAAUAGGGUCAGAAAUAAAGAUGAAGAAGACGUAGCAGCACAACUAGCACAACUAGCAUUCAUAAUCCAAUCAAGUCAGCAGGAUGCUCUAAAUGCUUCACGUAUAGAUAGCCAGCCCCAGCAGCAGCAUGGACUGGAGAACAAUCUUCACCAAGGUUUACCCCUUCAGGAUGUAAAGCACAAUCAUCUUCUGCAAAAUUCAAAAAAGCCUCCAGUGAAGAAAACAAGAACGCCACCAUUCAAACAGAGAAUAUCAAAGAAGGCCCAGUUAGCAGCUCAGAAACUGACUGGUGAAAAGGAUCAAGUUGAACACAUCUGGGUACAGUCACAGCUCAAUCAAGUCAGCCAUUUCCUCCAUCAAGGAUCCAAUGCUAAGCUGCCGGCGGCGACUCACAGAACGAAAGUUCAGAAGGUAUUGCCGCAACGUCAAGCAGUGCAGCCGCGGAAAUCACACCCGUUUCUUCCACGGACUCAGAUCCAGCUUAAAAGCAAGCUACCAGAUAUAUCUCCAGAAAAAAAGAUGCUUUAUCACCCCAAGAGUUCCCCAUCCUCAAACUGUAUCAAAUCAGAGUGUUUGGAUGAUCAGUCUCUUUACUUAGGAUUAGGAUCUCAUGUCAUUGGUAAACACCUUAACUGUAAAGACAGCCUUCCUGGUCCCACUUCCGAGUUGAAAUUAGAUAAACAGGUCAAAAGUGAAAGUUUGACUGAUUACACAGGACUGAAAGGUGAAUGUGACUCGAAUUCUCAGGUAUUUCAAGUAACAGAUGGUGCUAUAGGGAAGAAUGACCCUUCCAACACUGAGGACACUAAAAACAGAACCGAACUGCAAGAUCAACAGAACUUUCACCUGUCGGAAAGACAUGCUGGCAAUUCUGCAGGCGUCCAAACUCCGUCAACCUCUGAGAGAUGUAUAAAAGUAGAGACCUCUGGAGCUGUUACCAUCCUGUCAACUUCGAAUCUAGAUACCGAUGGAGCUGAACCUGACUUAGUCGAGGAGUCGACGCCAACUAAGAACACCUUGAACUGCUUCAUGGAAUCGCCAAUGAAGUUCUUGGACACCCCAACUAAAAAUCUGAUUGAUACCCCUUCCAAAAAAGGAUUUGAAUUUCCGACCUGUGACUGUGUUGAACAAAUUAUAGAGAAAGAUGAAGGCCCUUACUAUACACAUCUUGGAGCAGGACCAAGUGUUGCCGCUGUAAGGGAAAUUAUGGAAAGCAGGUAUGGUGAGAAAGGGAAGGCGGUUCGCAUUGAAGUGGUAAUUUACACGGGGAAGGAAGGAAAAAGUUCUCAGGGAUGUCCAAUAGCAAAGUGGGUAAUCAGACGUGGCAGCGAGGAGGAGAAGCUUCUGUGUUUGGUGAGGCAGCGAGCGGGUCAUCACUGCCAGAACGCUGUGGUGGUCAUCCUCAUCCUGGCGUGGGAAGGGAUUCCACGCCUCGUGGCUGAUACUCUGUAUCAGGAACUGACUGAGACCCUGCGGAAGUAUGGCUCCCCGACAAGCAGGAGAUGUGCACUAAAUGAAGACCGCACUUGUGCCUGCCAAGGCCUCAACCCGGAGAAGUGUGGGGCCUCGUUCUCGUUCGGCUGCUCGUGGAGUAUGUACUUCAACGGCUGCAAGUUCGCCCGGAGCAAGUACCCUCGCAAAUUCAGACUUCUAGGAGACUACCCCGAGGAGGAAGGGAAGCUUGAAAACAACCUGCAGAAUUUAGCUUCAGAUAUCGCUCCAGUGUAUAAAAAACUUGCUCCAGAAGCAUUUCAGAAUCAGGUGGAUCAAGAAUAUUUGGGCCCAGACUGCCGUCUAGGUAAAAAGGAAGGCCGGCCAUUCUCUGGUGUCACAGCAUGCGUCGACUUCUGUGCUCACGCACACAAAGACACGCAUAACAUGAACAACGGAAGCACUGUAGUUUGCACUUUAACGAAGGAGGAUAACCGGGCUAUCAGGAACAUACCUGAAGACGAGCAGCUGCAUGUCCUGCCUCUCUACAAGAUCUCCCAGACGGACGAGUUCGGCAACGAGGAUGGGCAGCGGGCGAAAAUGCGCACCGGCGCCAUCCAGGCCCUCUCGGCCUUCCCCAGAGAGGUGCGUUUGCUGGCAGAGCCGGUGAAGUCAGCGCGGAAAAAGAAAAUGGAGGCAAAACGGGCAGCAGCCGAGAAACAAAACAACCAGGACAAAAAACAAGCUACUCCUGUGAAGCUCAAAGAUGGAGGCAUCAAUGGCCAUGACAGCUGUCAGACCUUAACAGCAGGUUGUAAAGGAGGUCCUUUGGAACAAUCGGCAUCUUACAAAAUGGAGCCUCAAGACUACUACAGUUCAUUUAAAUUGCCUAGACAUGCCAGUCUUGGAAACUACAUACCGGUAUUAGGAAAUUAUAACCCUUCCUCCCCUUAUGACUUCAGCAGCAUGUACCCUUACUCUUCUGUAAUGCCCAGCCCCAGUGUGGAAGCUCUUCCUUCUUUUCAUCCAAACUUUCCUAUUCCAUACGGGUACAUUGGCUUACCUGGUAACCAAACCUACGCUCCUCCCUACCGUGAAUACAACAGCGGCUUUGAGAUGGCAGUGAAUGGGUUCACAGCUGACGUCCCAAACUCACAGCUGUCACAGCAACAGAAUGUUGACAUGAAGGAGGAGAAGUUUUCGAACCUGCAGCAUCCUCAUGAAAGCUUACCAGUGCUGUUCCACUCAAAAGCAUCUGAGGCGCAUAAAAACAGACCCAACGGGUUUCAUAAAACACAGAUAGGAAAGGACUAUCAUAUCCCACCACCGGGGCACACGCAAGGGACAAACACCACCUGCAAAGUGCGCAAUGGAGAAAUCCCUUGUCCAGUAGGGCAUGGGGCUACUAAGGAUCAAGCAGAGGAAGUAUGGUCCGACAGUGAACACAACUUCCUGGACAGAGACAUUGGUGGAGUCGCCGUUGCCCCGUCCCAUGGUUCCAUCUUGAUUGAAUGCGCCCGACGCGAGCUUCACGCCACCACCCCAAUCAAGAAACCAAACAGGAACCACCCUACCCGCGUUUCCCUGGUCUUUUACCAGCAUAAGAACUUGAAUGAGCCCAAACACGGGCUGGCACUUUGGGAGGCCAAGGUGGCGGAAAGAGCGAAGGAGAGAGAGAUGGAAGCUGAAAGGCUGGGUACCACUGAGAGUGUUGCCAAGCCUCGCAACAAGAAAUCAAAGCCAAGCGUCAACGAAAAGGAGGAUGUUAUACAUGAAGAUACUGAAUUGGUUCAGAUUCCUACUCGCAGGGCGUUAACGAUAUCUAGGGAUGGGGUUAUUACUGUAUCUUCAUAUGCCCUGACACAAGUUACAGGCCCUUAUAACCGUUGGGUCUGAACUUACUGUUGUGUUCUUGCUGCCUUACCUCAAUGCUUUUGAUCAUAUUUUAUGGUGCUGUCAGAUUUGACUCAUUAUUUUAUAUUGUUUUCAUCUCAACUGUCUCAGUUGAGGUUUUAUCAUUGUGUGGGUUUUUAACUGUGACAAUAGGAUUAUUUGUACGUGUAUGUAAGCUUUUUUCUUAUUUUAAAGAAUGGUGCUUGAAGCAGAUUUUAAGGAAAUGCGGUUUUACAAUUUUUAUAUACAGGUCAAAUAAGGAAGUACAAAUGCAAAAUAACUAUUUAUUAUGAUCAUCUGGUGGCUUUAAGGCUUUUUCGAGGUGUUUCCAACAUGAGGAGUUUCAUUUCUGGUGCUUUUGAUAAGGUCUGUUUACGGCAAUUGUACUCUGUAUCAAUUUACAUUGAACUUGCAAAUCUUAGGGUGACAUUUACGGUGCAAAAGUUAUAUAUCAUUCAUUUUAUGUUUUCUAAUGUUGAAUAAUACAGCUUCUGGUGCUCUUUUUCAUAUGACUGAUUUGGUGAUGCCAAUGAAGCAGCAACUUUCGGUCGUUGGUGAAAACUGCUGUUACAUAGGUCUUUAAAAAAUAUUGGUAGCAUUAUAUAAUAUUUUUUACUUUGAUUUUCAAGUUUUAUUUGAUUGUGUUGGGCGUAUUUUAAAAAUUGAAAAGCAAUGAAGGAAAGGUACAUUUUUGUUUUGUUUGAUUGUUAAAUACAUUUUGUUUGCAGCCUGUAAAUAUGAAAUAAAAGCACUUUUUAUUUUUUUUUAAUAACUUGAAAUAGCUCAGCAUAAGCUUGGUUUAGAUACAGAAAGUGAUCGAGUACUUUAGAAAUAUUUUUUUUCGAUACUGAAAAUCGCUGUAAUGUAUAUAUUCAUGGUGACUUUCAUUACGGUAGUGAUGAUUUUUAUAAUUAUAUUUGAUCGUUACAGAUUUCUGAUUGUAGUCUGCAGAAAAAUCAACUAAACUGUCAACUGAACAUAGCGAUAUUGUACAAUGCCUCAUUUAAGUGACAGACAAAAUGAUAAAUAACCUGAAUAGACAGGUUAGCAAAAAUAUUUUUUAAAGAGAAAAGUUGCAAUUAUAAGCAACUUUGCUGGCAGUUUUUUAAAUAAACAUACUGUUUGCUUUAAAAAAAAAAAAAUGUUCAAGUCGACAUGUCUUUUAAGAUAAGAUCAUUACAAUUGUUAAAAAGUGGCAAGUUAUUUUAAAGUUAGUUUAAAGUUAAUACAAAUUAUUCUGGGAUAAACAUUAAUUUAAAAAUAAUUGAUUUAUUAAAUAACAGAUCCCUAAAGUAUUUAUUCCAAUACAGUUUAUAAUCACUUACCUGAACAUAUGCCAUCUGCGUGUUACAUUUCAACAUAUGAAUGAGGGAAACUGACUGAGAAAGCCAUGUGUAUUUUAAAUUAUUUUUCAAGCCUUGCUGAAACAUUGGAAACAGCAGCUUUAGCAAAGCUUCUGGAUCCUAGGAUUACAUUUUAACCAUUGCUCUGCUAUCCCUUUAGAGUUUAAUAAAACACAAAAUAAUAAAAACACUGCUGUGUUAAAGAUACUGUACCUGAUUUACGCAGUGUUGGCAUUAAAUAACUGCACACGGUUAUAAUAGUAGUUGUUUAGUACUUUUUAAGUACGAGGUUAGCAGUGCGGUAAUUCAAAUGUAAUUCUAGUGCUAGGCUGUGUCUGCAGUAGCAAGCCUUCCAUUAGGGAGCAUUACAUAAGAAAGGUCCCUAGCAAAGCAUGCCAGGAAUCAGUUAGUAUUGCAUUAUCCACACAUGUCAUAAUGUUUCCCCACAUAUGUUAAAACGUCGAAUGCCAUUGGCUGUUUAGAGAUUAUGAAAUGUGUUAGGAACAAAUAUUUUAACAGGCAGUAUUUAAAAUGUAAAUACCUUUUUGGUUUACACUUUCUGUUAAAAAAAAAAAAAAAAGGUUUUCUCAGUAACUGCUGAUAACUGUCAAUGUGUACUAUACAAUUUAAUAAACAAGUUGAUUAAAAAGAACAGCAAUUCUCAUAAAAUGAGAACGUUGCUUAUAUUUUUCACACUGCUAUGCCAGUCUGGGUAAUUAUUGUUGUUUCAGAAAAGUUCUUUAGGCUUGCUGUCAGAUGUGGGGGAUUAUAUACAUUACUGUACGUGCAGUAUUGGAAUUGGAAAUACAGUAAUGUUUACAACUAAGACAUGAUUGCAUAGAGGCAUCUUGACUGAAUAUUUUUUGUAAAAUGGCAUGUUACAGUCAAAUAUUAUAUUGUCUGCCUUUGUUUCAUUGCAGUACUUGGCAUUAAACUCUGCCUAUUAUAAAUUCCUAAACGUGGUGCUAUAUAGUAAAUACAAUAAACCAUGGGUUAUACCACAUGAAGUGUAGAACCCCAGACUGUCCAGUGUGCUGUGACAGUGGAUGUACAGCAAGGCUGUAAAAUGUAGUUUCUUAAAUCAGUUUCUUAUUGGCAUUAUCGCUGGUCUUCUUGCCCUUGUGCAGUAGAUACUUUAAUGAAUUGCUUGUUUUUACUUUAAUUAGGGAUAUACAGUUUUUGAAUAUAACAUUAUGUAUUUAGGAGUUUAAAACCGUUGCUCCCAGAAAGUCAGUUUCACUUUCCUAGUCUGGCUUCAAUCUCACGAUCCAGACCAUUGAAGUAAGACAGGCCUGCAGCAAAGGAAUUGAUUUGUGCCAGAAAGCAGCGGUUUCAACUUUUGAAAUGUAUUUUGUUAUAUUUUAAAAUGUCCCAAAUUAGAAUUAAAAAUGGAAAGAAAAAAAAAACUUCCACACAACAGUAAGGAGUCAAUGAUAACAAAUCUUAAACUCGCAAGUUAUUUAAAGAACAUAAGAAAGGUUAUGAACAAGAGUCCCAAUGACUCAGUAACAACAUGGCGGCUUGGUAACCCACCACUGUCCUCUGUUCUGUGUCUGUCUCCACCUCAUUUCCAGCUUGUGCUCUCUGUUCCUAGUUUUCCAUGAAGCUGAUGUUGCUUCUUCAACAGUAUAGAACUGUUUUCAUUAGAAAACACUAUGAAAAAACAUUCUUUAAAUAACUCAGGGGCUUAAGCUUUUUUAACAGCUCUCAAUAAUAGUUAUGGUGCUAUAUAACCACAAUUGCCUAACCCAUCCUUUAUUUUAAUUGUACUUUCUAUAUUAGGACUGCACUUGCUACAUUUAAAGAAAUGUUAACAGUACUGUACUUUUUGCCUAAUAUGUUUUAAACAAGGCCAGAUUUAAACUAUUGUUUCCUUAUUGAAGUAAGUCAAAAAUGCCUUUAGGGGGGAAAGUAUUUUUGAGUGACAGGGGGGAGCAUAUUACCUCCAAGAGCUAAAACCACAUUUAGGGAAUAGAAACAAUGAAACGAACUACAAACAAACAACAAAGGGCACAGAAGGCUAAACUAAAGACCAAUGUGGUAAACAGAUAUCGAGUCAUAGCUUAGUGUGAAAUUGAACACUGCGACACUAGCUUUAAAACAAAAUGUUAGUUACCCUUAAAAUGCAUAUGGACAGUUAAGUGUCAUGCCUUGCCAGUUUUUAUAACCACAUUAUCAGAGCUAGAUAACUGGUAAUAGUGCUGCUAGGUUAUCAGACAGCUAAACUGAGUUGUGAAUAAGCUUGUAGGGACAUGCUGUAAAGUUGUGUUGAUUUUAGUUGCCUUAUUCAUCUCCCCUGCUGUGGGUGAUAUUUCUCUAGCUAAGUGUUCCAGAAAUUAAUUUCCAGAAAGGCAUCACUUACUCAGUGCAGUAAACUGGGUGGUGCUAACAGAGUUUAAAGGUCAACAAUCAUGUUUUUUUAAAACAGAUCAAAACAGUGCUUGAGAUUUCUGGUACUAAAUGUACUGUACUGUAUUUUAACUAUAACAGAUCUAUAUGCAAUUAGUUUACAACAGAAUAAAACAAAUACUUCUGGUUUAUACUUAAAAAGAAACAUUUCUCGAAUCCAAGUUAUCUAAAUCUGAAGGGAAAUUGAAAUGUGUUUUUUUUUUUUCUUUUUUUUUUUUAAAGCAUUCAUUACACUUUAAAAGCAUAUUUUAAAAUAUGACAUGCAGGUGCAUUUACAAUUCAUAAUUAAUACAAGUCAGUAAAACCUAACUAUAAUUAUUAAAUUAAUAGUCUUGUUAAGCUAUAGCUGGGCCCUGACGAUGACCCAAAAAAAGAAAUUGACAACGAGAAUGAUGAUAAAGUCAUUGCAUUGCUGCUGUGGAAAAAACAUUCCCCCUGGAACAAUGAAACCGUGCAACAAUAUAUGAGGCUAGAUUCUAGGACCACCACCACAGGAUGUACAGAACCCUGUAGCUGAUGUCUAGGAUUGUUGUUGCAUUGAAGAGUAGCUUGUUAUGGGUAUAGGAUAUCCAUCUUAACUAAUGUAUCCAUUCUGUACGUACCUUACUAUUUCAGUCAUCAAGAUCAAGAUUUAAAAAGAUCAAAGCAUCCAUGUGUCUUAAAAGGGCUCUCAAACUUGUAUUUUCUCUAAGUUCAGCUAGUACAGCAGAGUGUAACCAUUAACCUGCCCCCCUCUGCAACACUUCUAGUGGAUGUAACAAAUGCUCCAUUUGUUCUAUGUGGUAUUUCUUACUGAUCUCUUACAUCCAGGGGGACAAGUUAAUGGCUACAUUGUGGUGUACCAGCUGAAUUGAAGAGUGAAGACAUGUGGUGAGAACUCUUUUGAGGACACAGAGAUUCCUUUAACUUCAUUUAAAAAGUCACCAGGAUGUCAUGACUGAAACAGAAAAUGAUAUACUAAGGAAUCCAAACAAGAAUACAUUACUGUAACUGUGAUAGUUCAUCCCUAUACAAGAUUGCUGUGUAAUUGCUUCAUGUGGACUCCAUUUGUCACAAGGAUGGGCAUUUCCACACGAAUGGCAAAAAAUGGGAGAAACUGUGGUGCAGAGAGUUUUCCACUGUUAGGACAUGCUUUUUUACAGUUUAUUCUUAGAAUACAUUUUACAAAGCAGCUUGGAGUGAGUUUUACCACUAUAAUAUAGAAAAAAAAAAACAAUGUUGACACCUUUUAUUGGGCCACUAUGAUAUAAUUCUAUUAAAUGUGAGGUUUUAAAACUAUGGCUGUAAAUUAAAACCUCACAAAACAAAGUUGUCCUGUACGGCAAGCCAGCCUUUGUAAACCUUUUUUUUUUAUCCACUGCAUAUACCCAUUUGCUAACAAUAUUAAUUUAAAAUAAAAAGAUGGACACGUUUAUAGCUAAAUUCAUGACUGUUCUCGGUUGCUGUAUUGUUGGACGUUGCUGUUGACAAUGACUGAAGGACUGUAAUUCUGAGAUAAAGUAUAUCUUCUAAAUAACACAGAUCAUGGACAUUACUUUGUAAAGGUACCUUACAAUCCAGAAUGCAGCAUUUUCAAAAGAAACACACACAUAUACCUUAACAGUGGCCUACUUCAAACCAGUUCCACAGUUGCAAGUUCAGACAGCAGUUUUUUGUGCUUUAAAUAGUUCACUUUUUAUGUUUUAGUGCCACUAUACUUCUGUAUAAUAAACGGGAAUAAAGAAAUCUGUGAAUAAUUGAUUAUUUAUUCCCAGUUGCUGAAAAUGUAAAUGCGUCCACCGCUUUUUAAAUAUAAUUUUGUAAAAUCUACUACCAAAUGUAACUUGGUUUGUAUUUGCUGUUAUCUUGGUAUUAACCAAUACAAAUAGUAGGAACUAAACUGCAAUUAUUUAAAUCCCUUCCCACAGGUUAAUGGUACAAAGACAGUGUUUACAUAAAAUACUGGGUAGUUUCAGAGUUCAUCUUUCUUUUCUUUAGUGGGCUAAUUCACAAAUCUUGAAGCCAGGCUUUAUUUUAAAGACUGUUUUUAAAGCAUGGGGUAGUUAAAUAAAGUUUGGGGUGUCAUAAAGCUUGGGAGGAUUUCUUUUUGCUAUUUUGGUGCUAGAGUUAGGUGCUCAAUGACAUGUAAGGGGCCAGGGAACUGCCUGCAGUUAGACAUGGUGCUGGCAGAGGCCAUUAAAGUGUUUCUCACAGUUCUCUGAGCUCACCUUAAUCCUGUCAAUUCUGUAGGCCUGCAGGUUUUCCAGUUUAAAAAGACUCCUCCUAACCCCUCAGUUUGCCUGUGCUUCAAAAGACAGUAUUUAAAGAAAGUUUGCGUUAAAGCUGUGUGAAUAGAUCUCUUUAUAUCAUGAUUAUCAAUUUUGGAGGAAACCAUUACAGAACAAGCACAGGUUUUACUAUACUUCACAAAGGUAUAUGCCAAUUAAAAAUUCCAGCAGCCUUUGCUUUGCUGGUCACCAGCAAACAACUGGAACACACAUUUACCAAUGUCCUGUUGGUUUAAAAAAAACCCUGUCCGUGUGUCCAGCAGGUAUAUAGACUAACAGGUUUCGGCAGGAGGCUUGCACCUCCACAGCUAAAUUUGGAAAUUGUAAAAAACAAACAUGACCAAGGCUUUUUGACAAAGUGGUGGGCACAGUAAGCUAAACUAUGGCAGAGUGUAUUAUAAAUUGAUGUUUCAAUGUAAAAUUCAAUGAGAUAGUGGGCAGUAUUAAAUGGAUUGUUUAUUUUUUUUUUUCUUAAACCAGCUGAUAAACUGCACAAUUCCCAGUUCUAAGCAUCUAAAAACCAGUAAUGACCUUUGCUGGAAUUUUUAACAAGAAAUCAUUUUGACAAUCUAGAACAUCUAGUUAGGAACUGAGAGACAUGUGUCCAUCUUGGUUUUAUCUCACAGGGUAUGUGUUGAUGAUAACAAUAACCAUUCUAUCCAGGUUACAGUUCAUCACAGGACAGUAAUUCUCAUUUUAAGAACCUAGUUUGAAUUUCACUAGGAAAAAUGUAUACAUGAGCCGACGCUCGUGCUUGUGUUGUCUCCAUCAUGAUAGGUAGCACCCUGAGACGCUAUUUGAAUAUCAUUGUUUAUUAAUAUGGGAACAUGGAGUAGUUACAUGAAAUGUUCAUUACAGCUACAGCUACUUUUGGACUGACCAAAAUCAUAUUCUGGAAACCAUUGAAGAUAAUUUGGUAUGGUUUUAACAGUGCUAAUAAAGCUUAAGUCAAUUUAUAUAUCAAAUAGAUUCCAUAUGUUAAGUGCGGAGCAACGUUGACUGCCUUUCUCUCUAUUCCAAAAUCAGGGAUGCUUGUUAGCCUAAUUAUUUUUCAUUAAGACCUCAUCUUUCAGGGAGUUUUCUAUUUUCUUACAUUAUAGUUAUAGUAUCACACUCUCUUGUAUUUUUUUUUUUUUAUGUAAUAUGGAUUUCAUGUGAAGGUGACUGUGUUUGUUUAUUUUGUGAUUUAAACAAAACAAAACAAAAAAAAGAUUGUUCAACAACUAAAUUAAAUGGACAGACAAAAUUGAUACUGUUCUUCUCCCGGAAAAACCUUAUAAGAUGUGUUUUUUGCAGACAAAUGUGUAUGUAGCAAUUAUACUUCAAGAAUUUUCAGUUGUACCUUUUGUGUACCGUAACUUGAAACCAGCUAUGAAACAAGGAGAUUUGGUGCACACCAGCUUUGAAAAUGUUUGAAGUUCCUGUAGCAUUAAAAUGUAGAUAUUUAUCGCAAAAGAAAUGUAAACCAUUUUCAUGUGAACUGUUGUAUUCUUCUGAGUUUGUUGUAUAGUCAGCAGUUAACCUGUUUUCUUAGAGUUGGGUGAAAAUAAAAUACUGUAAAUAAGUGUUUUAGUUACAUUUCUGUUUUGUAAACAACUUAAAAAAACAAAAACCCUAAAUAAUGUUACCAUUCCUAACUUUGUAGGUGGUUUUAAAAUAAAUAUAUAUAUUUAUAUUUUG